GAGUCCAAUGAAAAACAGGAUCCAGAACAUUUUGUUUGAGAAAAUUGUAACAUUGCUUCCUCUUUUUCUUUUUUUACUGAAACAGAAGGAUCCUUUCCCUUUCAUUUUGCUGGCCUUGGUUCUCCUUUGGGAUUUUUCUCAUGUCAGUCAAAGAUCAAGAAAAUACCUUGGCUGAUUUCCCCAUGUGAAUCCGUUCUGUGCUCCACUACUCCUUCGUAGUCCUUCAUCUCUUUUUUUCUCUCUCCAUAAGGUAACAAAGAAGACAAUUGGAUUUCUAUAGAGCUAAUAGUUCUUUCAGGGAAAAAACACCCAAGAGUGAAGGCAACGACAGGAAGAAAGAAAUCUUCAGUUCUGCCUCCUGUUGAUGUUUCUGCAUUUCGCACCAUCUGAAAAAUACCAAGAGGAAAAAGGAAGGAGAAUAUUUUCGAUGGGCUGAUAAGCAUUGAUGUGUACCCCAGAUUACAGUAGAACUGGAAGAAUCAACUCAAGGGACAAACAAAAUCAAGGGACAGAACACGGGAAGAGCAGCACCAUGUACAAAAAUUGUACUCCAUGUGAAAAACCACUGAGAGAGGAGAAAGAGUAUAAAUGCAUGAAAUGUGGAAAGAGCUUCAGUCAGAGCAGUCACCUCAGGAGACAUCAAAGAGCUCAAACAGAGAAGAAACCUUAUGAAUGCAUGACAUGUGGAAGGAUCUUCAGUCAUAGCAGUAACCUUAGUGUACAUGAAAGAACUCACACCAGGGAGAAACCCUAUAAAUGCAUGGAAUGUGGUAAGAGUUUCAGUCAGAGCUGUACCCUUCGUUCACAUCAAAGAACUCAUACCGGGGAGAAACCCUAUAAAUGCAUGGAAUGUGGAAAGAACUUCACCAACAGCAGCCACCUCAGGAGACAUCAAAGUGCUCACACAGGGAAGAAACCUUACAAAUGCAUGACAUGUGGAAGGAGCUUCAAUAAAAGUGGUAACCUUAGUGACCAUGAAAGAACUCACACCGGGGAGAAACCCUAUAAAUGCAUGGAAUGCGGAUUAAGCUUCGGUCACUCAAGUAGCCUUAGGUCACAUGUAAGAAUUCACACAAGGGAGAAACCCUAUAAAUGCAUGGAAUGUGGAAAGAGCUUCAGCAAAAGCAGUGGCCUCAGCAGACAUCAAAGAGCUCACACAGGGAAGAAACCUUACAAAUGCAUGGCAUGUGGAAGGAGCUUCAGUCAAAGUGGUAACCUUAAUGAACAUGAAAGAACUCACACCGGGGAAAAACCCUAUAAAUGCAUGGAAUGUGGCAAGAGUUUCAGUCAGAGAGGUACCCUUAGUUCACAUCAAAGAACUCAUACAGGGGAGAAACCCUAUAAAUGCAUGGAAUGUGGAAAGAGCUUUAGUCAUGGUUCUACCCUGAGUUCUCAUCAUAGAACUCAUCUGGGGGAGAAAUCAUAGAAAUACUUGAUAUGUAGAAGGAGUCUCUGUCAAAGUCCUAGGCUUCAUUCCCAUCUAAAAGGUCCAAAGGAGAAACCGUUAAAAUCCAUGGAAUGUGAAAAACCUUUUGUCAACUGUAGUGCUUGUCCGAUUAAUCAGAUCCACUAAUGAGGGAAAAACCAUAGGAGUAAUGUCAAUAUGAAUAUUAGACAGAUUUUGAAUUGCGGUAAGGGGUUUGUUGACUGGAAGAACUAUGGUGCUACGUUCCCUUUGCUGUUUUUAGGAUAUCAAACUGCUAAUCUAGAUGGGCAAAAUUAAAUAUUUUGUUAGAUAGAUCUGAGUGGACAUGAGCCAGCCUGGGUUAGAAGCAAAGGAUGUGAACCCUUUAGUUGCGUGUUCUUUUAUAUGAAGUGAUAUUUUCUGUUACAAAAGGAGGCUGAUCAUCCAUUAAAAAUUUGAUUUAUAUAUUCCCUGAAUUGGACGUAUAGUAAUUAGAUGUCUUUUCCAAUAUAUGUCUUUUUCAACUGUUGACAUCCACUUAUUUUUUUUUCCAUUCAGGAAACAUUUAGGUACCUUUUCACAACUGGUGUUGCAGUGAAUGAUUUUAAUACUUGCUUAGAUUUCUUCUUUUACUUUAUG